UUUUCUGCGGGACUAUUUCUCUCCAGCGGUGUAUCGAGAUGUCGUGAGGUGGAGGCUACACGCAGUGCCCUUCGUACAUUUGUUAAGAGCGAUGUAUUGAUUCCAAUAGAGGAUAGCUUGGAAAUAGGCGAAGCCGCAAGUGUGGUGAAUGCGUUGCUCUGUCGAAGUUCUGUUCUGUCGGGUGUUCGUGGCUUUGUUUGGAGUGCACUGGAUGGCAUGCGAAAGCGAUACUUUAGCCCCAUGGCGCUUGUAGGCCUUUUGAACCUUUUCUACAAUGCUUUGUAUGCGAGUUUCUAUGUCAAGGAAUCCCCGCCAUUACAGGCGGCAGAGGGUGCAAGGAACAACAGCACGGAAAGGGAGGACACCUGGAAUCUUCUGCAGCUUACCUUCACGGAUCUUGGCAUGUCAAAUGUGGUUGCAUCACUGAGUGUGAAGGACGAUGAUGUGAUGACGUACAGUUCCAUUCGCCUCAGUGUGAUGCUCCUUGAGGGUGGCAACACACGAGCACAGUAUGCACUUUUAAAAGAUUUUGGAGCACACCAAGUAAGAUUUUUCCAUAACAUUCGCGAGUUGCUGCAAAAAUCAUUGCAAUGGGUGCGGCAAAUUAACAUGCAGCAGCAGCUUGUCAUUUUGGAGUGUGGUGGGACCCCGGUGGGCUCCACCUCCACACUUUUCACAUCUGCGCUGUUUGCUGCGGUACUCAAAUCUUCCUCGUAUCGGAAAAAAAGUGAACGCCAUGGUGGGAAAAAGAAACACAUUUUGGGUUGGGAUCGUGUAGAAGGCUGCAUGCGGUUGCGACUUCUCCACGCCUUGUUCCGCAUGCUGCAGCUUUUCUGCGAGGGCCACAACCUCGGCAUGCAAAAUUAUAUUCGUUUCCAGCACGAUAAUAUGCAUAGUGUAAACAUUGUCCAUGAGGUCCUGUUGCUCCUCGCAGAGCUCUCUAGAAUGACGCACGGUGCCACGGUCGAUGUGAUACGUGGGGGUUUUGAGUUGUUAACGGAGUUAUGCCAGGGUCCAUGCCACGAAAACCAGACGGCGCUGCUGAGCUACGAUGUGUGUGUGACGAUGUGCGGUCUUCUUGACGCGUUGAGUCAAUUGGAAAUCAUUGGCACCCGGACGGCCCCAGAAAACAACCCGAGGAAUAUGAAUACGGAAAUGGGCAUUACUAAUACUACUAAUACUACUAAUACUAAUGGUACAAGGAUAACUGAAAGCUUCAUGAACGGUGUCGUAUCGCAACGUGGUCUAAAGCUUACCAGAAAGGCAGUUGAUUGCCUCCGCGUGUCUCUCACCACAUUUCUUUUGUCUCUUAUUGAAGGAUGCCGCUCCCCUGAAACCUUCCGCCGUGUUCUUGCACAGAUCCCCAUUGAAAUCAUUGAACACCAGCUUUCCAUCGCUAGCCCGGAGAUGUGCGAUCGUAUUCUUGAGGAUGAGACGCUUGAGGAUGAUCCGACUGUUGCGGCACUCUUCAACUGGCUCAUCUUUCUUCACAUUGUGCGGCCCUUUGCCGAGGGGCUCUACCUGCAACACAUUGAUGAGUUGCUGCGUCGCACCACGAGGCUUAGGGAGCGUCUUGGCCGUAUUGAGAUACGACGGGACGAUGGGUUGCUUGAGGAGGUCUUUUUUUGCAUCCCUUCAAUUUGUCGCGGACUCUCUCAGAACAUUAAGGACGAUGUACUCUGGAGCGUCAAUCGCACAAGUCGGGCGACGAAGUUGGGCGAUUUUUUACAUCAGAGCGAUAACUUGAUCUUUGAGGUGGAGAGGGCGCAUGACUUUCAGCGCUGGGUGGCGCGGUGGACGCGAUUUACUUUGACCACCACCGACACCGCCGUAGAGAAGGAGAAUGAAACGGAUACGGAGGGGGUGAUGGAAGAAAAAAAGGUUCGAUUCUACUCGUUAAAGAAGUGCUGGAAUCGUUUUAUGGCGCCAUUUAUCUUUUCCUCCCAACUCUCUUAUUACGAAUAUGCCUCCAUCCUAAUCGCAGUGCUUAUUAACAUUGGACUCAUCUCGGUUGAGGGGGCGAAGUGGGAUUGGGCCACGGUGCAGGUUUCAGAACUCGCCAUCACGUGUCUUUGCGUCCUACAGUUUGUGCUUUCCUGUGUGACUUUAUGCAUGGACGCCGUCGUGUUUUUUCCUGCAUGCCUGUACAAGGAGUACAGGCGGAAAGAACACAUGAGGUUGGGAAUUGCCAAGCUGAAUGCGACGAUGCGGGAGGUCUUUGAUGGACUAACAAAAGGAGAAGUGGUGUAUCAUUUCCUUACACGCUUUACGAUUCAGUUUCGUCUUUUUCUUGUUGUCACGGCGGUGUUGACCCUUUUGGUGUCGCAUUACUUUGCUGCCGCCCACCUUCUUUUUGUUAUCUACAAAGUGCCCACCCUAUGUACCUUCAUCAACGCCAUUACGCAGAAUGGGAAACAGCUCCUGUUGACAGCCUUUCUUGGGGUUGUCGUGUUGUACCUUUUUGCCAUUGUUGGCUACCUUCUUUUUCCGCGGCAGUUUGACAGCUCGGAUGGACCAGAAAACGGGAACUGCGUCAAUCUCUUUCGGUGCUUUUUAUUCAUUCUCUGGCAGGGACUUCGACAGGGUGGCGGUGUUGGCGACAUCAUGCAGGAGGAGUCAUGGUCGAGUAGCACUCUUUUUCCACGUGUCAGUUACGAUUUGGUUUUCUUUGCUCUUGUUAAUGUCGUCUUUCUGAACAUCAUGUUUGGUCUCAUCAUUGACACCUUUGGCGAGUUGCGUGACGCCAAACGUGAGAAGGAGCUCGACAUGAAGAGCACAUGUUUUGUGUGUGGCCUGGAGGCAGACAAAUUUGAAAGGGCCCAUGUCGGAGGAUUCAGGGCGCAUGUAGUGCAUGAGCAUAACAUGUGGAUGUAUUUCUACUUUAUGCACUACCUGCGGCGCAAGGACCCAAACGAUUUCACCGGACAGGAAUCGUAUGUUGAUGAAAGGAUUCGGCGAGGUGAUCUUGGCUUCUUCCCAGAGGAGGACUCUCUUUCCCUGGGGAAUGGCGGGAGGGAGGAGGACGCUGCGGCUGGUGCACAGAAAGAUGUCUCAGGGAUGGACGAGGAGGGAUGCGCCACACGGCCGGGCCGUGAGAGGGCACCAGCGGCGGGGAGUGGAGCGGCGAACGGCCAGGAAGUGGCGCUGACGCUGAAGGAGUUGGCUGGUGUGAAGGAGGCGCUCAGUGCAUUUGUCCGUGACGUGAGUGCGGAUGCUCAGAAGGUGAAGUCAUUGCUUCAACAGCUGGAAAUCACGAGUCGCGGUGCUCAUGUCACGCCCCUUGGCGGAGGCACACCGAAUGACCCAGGAUCUACCACCGGCACACGUCUUAGCAGAGGGGUCGGGUCGAAAAGUUCACUGCGACUCUCCAUGGGAGAAGACAGCAAAAAUUAA